UUCUUAUUUGAUUAUUCUUUUUUAUAAAAAAUAAAACGGAAGUCACGAGUCUCUUUUCAGCGACGUUUCCGCUCUCUUUUCGUGGAGGCUUAGCUAGCGGCCGGACUGCAAUCAUGCAGAUUUUUGUGAAGACAUUGACGGGGAAGACCAUCACCCUCGAGGUAGAGGCCUCAGACACUAUCGAAAAUGUCAAGGCUAAGAUCCAGGAUAAGGAAGGAAUUCCCCCUGAUCAGCAGCGUCUGAUUUUUGCUGGAAAGCAGCUCGAGGAUGGACGCACCUUGUCAGACUACAACAUCCAGAAAGAAUCAACCCUUCAUCUGGUUCUUCGUCUGCGUGGUGGUAUCAUUGAGCCUUCACUCAGACAGCUGGCUCAGAAAUACAACUGCGACAAGAUGAUCUGCCGCAAGUGCUAUGCCCGUCUGCACCCACGUGCCGUCAACUGCCGCAAGACGAAGUGUGGCCACACCAACAACCUUCGCCCCAAGAAGAAGCUGAAAUUCCACUGAAGGAUUUGUGGUUUACAUAACCUAAAUGAACAUAUAGCUGGUUUGAUUUCCUGCUAUAUUUUACAGGUUAUCUUAAAUCUUGCAUGCUUUUUGGUGAUUUUACAAGACAAAUCUUUUAGCUCCACAAAAA